AUGGCGAUGUUCCGCAGCCUGGUGGCCUCGGCUCAGCAGCGGCAGCCAGCGGGGGGGCCCGCGGGCGGCGACAGCGGCCUGGAGGCGCAGUACAGCUGCCCCAUCUGCCUGGAGGUCUACCACCGGCCCGUGGCCAUCGGCAGCUGUGGCCACACGUUCUGUGGGGAGUGCCUCCAACCAUGCCUGCAGGUACCAUCCCCCCUGUGCCCGUUGUGCCGCCUGCCUUUCGACCCCAAGAAGGUGGACAAGGCCACCCACGUGGAGAAGCAGCUCUCGUCCUACAAGGCACCCUGCCGGGGCUGCAGCAAGAAGGUGACACUGGCCAAGAUGAGGGUGCACAUUUCCUCAUGCAUGAAGGUCCAGGAGCAGAUGGCCAACUGUCCCAAGUUUGUCCCUGUGGUGCCCACAUCCCAGCCCAUUCCCAGUGCCAUCCCUAACAGGUCAACCUUCACCUGCCCUUACUGUGGCGCCCGCAACCUGGACCAGCAGGAGCUGGUGAAGCACUGCGUGGACAACCACCGCAGCGAUCCCAACCGUGUGGUGUGCCCCAUCUGCUCAGCGAUGCCCUGGGGUGACCCUAGCUACAAGAGCGCCAACUUCUUGCAGCACCUGCUCCACCGGCACAAGUUCUCCUAUGACACUUUUGUGGACUACAGCAUCGAUGAGGAAGCUGCCUUCCAGGCCGCCCUGGCCCUGUCUCUCUCCGAGAACUGAAGGCGCAGCCCAGCCACCAAGACCGAACCUCCCACUUCGGGGGACAGGGCCAUGCUUGCUUUCUGUGGCCCAGAGCCUGCACCUGAAUGCGCCUUGCGGGCCAGGUGGGCCUCCAUCAUUUCAGAAGAAGAGGCGACACUCGGAUUGCCAGGCCGGGAGAGACCACUGUCCCCUCUCCGUCAGGGGAUGGUUGCCUGUGCUCCUGGUUAAGCAUGGCUGGUUUCUUCGGUGCUUCGGGCCAAGCAGGCAGCCCUCUCGGGGCCGGCCUGUUGGGACUGAGAGCAGUCAGCUAUCUGCCUCUCUCAAAGCCAUGGUGUCCUCCCCAUGCGGAGGCGGAGCCCAGCGACAGGCCGGCCGCCGCCGGCGUCUCGCAGCACUUCCCUCUGUGCACCUGGUACUGGCUUUGUGAUACCUAGAAAUUCUGGCAUUUUUCUAUAUUAUCCAGUGUGAUAACCUUUUCACAUUUUAUAGAGCAAAGUCAAAGCAGUUUCUCUUCAUAUUGCAAUAUCUGUGUUUGACUAGGAACAAUAGUAUUUUUAUGGAGCAUUUACAAAAUUAUAUUUUUUAAAAAAAAGUAAAAAACAAAUGUGGGAUCAGGCUGGGGAGGGGAGAGAUGGGCAAAUGCUGGGGCCAGAAUGAACCGUGGGGUUUCACCUGUGCACAUGGGUGGAGGUGGCCACGUCCCAGGCCAUCUCAGUGUUUUUGAGGGUUCCUGUGGUUGGUUUGUCAUUUCCCUUUGAUAGUGACCUGGAAGAAAUCUCAAUUCCUUGACCACUUGCAGUGGCUACUGGGCUCUUCUGGGGCCUCCUCCUGCCCAGGGUCCUGGCCUCAGCCCCGUUGACCACAUCCUGCCUCCGGCAGGGCCACCCCCAGUGGUGGUAGAGCUUGGUGGGAAGGGGCAGGGCUGUGCAGUGGUGGACUGGGCCAGAAAAUGCUUGUCAGUAUUCUUGUUUGGUUCAUGGCAUAAGUUAUUGCUGUCCUUUAAAAAAAAAUAAAAUGUUUCAAAGCAUC